UGCUCAGGCUCCAGAGUUGGGAAGAGAAGUUGUUGAGAAUCAUGGCGGUGGGAAUGUCAUUUCAUUGCCACAGGAAUAAUCUGUUUUUAACCGGAUUGAAAGCGACAAUUUUGAUUUUCAUGUAUAACCUUUCUGGGGUCAGCACAGAACGAGUUAUAGUUGAUCCACAUAUUACAGCAAUUUUGGGAAAAAAGAUUGAGCUGAUGUGUGUGGUUCACGUUCAAGAGGCACUGACGCAGAUUUCUUGGGAGAAAGUUCACAAUGGAAGUACACAAACACUUGCUGUUUUUAAUCCGACAUACGGAAUCUCUAUUCCUGAGGAAUAUCGGGAUAAGCUUUCAUUCAAAAGCCCCUCUGAGAAUGAUGCAACCCUAAUACUGGAAGAAGUGAGCUUUACUGAUGCUGGAGAAUACACGUGCAAGGUGGUAACCUUCCCUUAUGGGAACACACAAGCAUCGACCACUGUUACUGUAAUGGUUGAGCCCAAGAUAAGCAUGUCACGUGGCUCUGAUCCAUUGAUAGAUGGGGGAAAUGAGACAGUAGUCGCUGUGUGCACAGCUGAAAAUGGAAAACCUGCUGCAGAGAUCACCUGGGUGUCUGAGGUUUUUGGAGAACCUGUUCAAAUCUUGAUUGACAAGCCUAAUGACUGUGUAACUGUUGAAAAUCGGUACAAUUGGAAACCAACCAGGUUUGCCCAAGGAAAGGAGCUUACUUGUGUGAUUCGUCACCCAGCAUUAGAAUCGGAGAUACGGAUUCCAUUUACCCUGGAUGUCUUGCAUGCACCAGAAGUUGCAAUAACUGGUUAUGAUGAUAACUGGUUCGUUGGCAGGGAGAAUGUACAACUUAAAUGUAAUGCUGCUGCCAAUCCUGGGGCUACACAAUAUUCAUGGCGCAGGUUGAAUGGAGAGUUGCCAGCAGGUUUGCGAAUAGCAAACAACACCUUAAUAUUUGGUAGACCCUUGGAUCAUAAUGACUCGGGGACGUACCAAUGUGAAGUUACAAAUGAUAUUGGAAGUAGGACAAAUACAAGGAAUAUCUACAUACUAGAUCCUCCUCCUACUACUACUACCUUACCUACAACACCACCGCCUCACACGACUGCUGGCGUCACAAGUUUAGCAGCGACAAAAAGAGCACUGUUUACAUCACCAACACUGGAGUCAUUGCACGAGGGACCUUUAGGCUCUAUAAUUGGUGGUGCUGUUGGCGGUGCCCUAUUUCUAAUACUGCUGAUCAUCCUUGUUGGAGUUUGCUACAUGAAAAAACGAAGGACAUUCCGUGGAGACUAUUACACCAAGCAGUACAUAGGACCAUCUGACAUGCAGAAAGAAUCUCCGUUAGAUGUUCUGCAACCUCAUGAGCUUCAACAAUACAAUGACCCCAACAAUGGCAGUCUUAAGCAAAAGACAAAUGAGGUGAUCUACCCAGAUUACUCCAAAGAUGUGAAAAAUAACGAAUGGGGCCAUGUGGAAAAUAUGAACAACAGAUGCACAGAAGGAGAUACACUGCCAGUCGAUUAUUAUGAAGAUAGAAUGCCUGUUGGAACCAAGUAUGCUCAAGAUGACUAUUAUGAAGGAAAUGAUGGUGACUUUGUAUCUCACUUAGAUGGUUCAGUAAUUUCUCGAAGAGAAUGGUAUGUGUAGGAUCAUAAGAAAGAGACGAUCCAAACUUCACAAAAAAUCUCAAAUGUCUUUAGCUUCAUUGCCUUUAAAAAAAUAGGCCUACAUUUAAAAAAAUAAAUAAAAAAAAAGCUAAAUAUGAUUAACUUUGUUGGAUAUACGUAUGUAGUGAAUUAGUUUCUGGAGCUUUACAAAAUGAAAGACAAGAAGCAAUGACAUUGUAUUAGUAAUUGUAUUUAGCUUUAUUUGGGAAAGCUGCAUAAGGGUAGUGUUACCCUUCUUAAUCUCAAGUAUAGUAGAAGCUGGAGUUGUCUAAAUUGCCUAAAUUUUAGCGCUUGUUUAUAUGCCAUAAGCAGUUAUUCAGCUGAUGGCUCUGUUUGCGUGCCUGGCAUUUUAAAUCCACAUCUAUCGUUCUGUGUGGAAAGCAUCUUUUUUUAAUUUAUUUUGUUUUUUUACAUUAGUUAGAGUUUCAGAUAUUUAUUUUAUUUUUCUCCGUUAACUGAAGUUUUCAAAAAUUCUGAUUUACUGGCUGUCUGCUAAAUUCAGUGCUAAAAUUAGAAUUACGCUUUUCUUUUAAUUUCCUCAUUCCAGAAAGUCACCCAUGUAAUAUUAUAGUACAGGGCAGCUGGAAAAAUUUGUGACGGGUCCAGCCCUGCUUGACUUACCAGUAUAAGGAUAUCCAAGACCACAGUGGAUAAUUAGGAUUACACAGAAGUAUCAGAUUUAGGUGAAUCAGUUAAGAUGGCUAUUGGUCGGUGGGAGUAAUUGAUAUGAAUUGGAUCAACUUCUGACAAAUAUAUCAUAUAAAAGGUAAGAGAAGGAAAUAAAAAUAAGAAUUGUUAACAUUUAUUCUGAAAUUUAGGACCAUCCCGUACUUUUAUAUUGUGAAAAUUGAAUGCAAAAGUGCAGUUAUUUAUUAUUAUUUUUCACAACAAUCUUGCAAACUGUAGUAAAAUUGAUGUAAAAGAAAAAAAAAAUGUGUAUGUUUAACAAUGUAAAGAAAAGCUAGAUUGAAAGUAUUUUCUUUACCAUGCAGUUCUUUGUGCCUAUGACUGUUUGUCAGAUACCUCUUACGUAUGUUGAACAUCAUUAUAUUUAAUUGAUUUUCAUACUUACCUGUGCACUGAAAUCACAGAGUAUAGUGCCUGCUUAAAUGCAGAAAAAUGUACUGCAUCAAUAUGAAGGUAACUUUGAAACAUGUUGUGUUUGCCUGAUGGCAACACAGUACAGGUACUCCUGUAAAAGCAGUUUGCUUUCAGAUACAGUGCAAUGAUAUUUUGCCACUGGAAUAAUUCUGUAUGGAGGUGGACAGUGGUCAGUCCUCAUUUUGAGAGAGGUCCUUUUACAUGAUGUCUAGUUGUACAUUUAAAUUUAACAUUUAAGACAUAUUGUUACAAAUGUUUGUAAAGAAUUAGGAAGGAAAAAAAGUACAGCAAGUUCAGUGGAAUGCAUCCAGUUUAUUUAAUUAGUUAAUUAAUUCUUUAACCAGAAAAAAAAAAAAAAAACAUUGAGACCGAGGCCUCUUUUGCAAGAGAGUCCUGGCAAGAUGACCAGAAACAGACAGCAGUAAUUUCACAUCCCUAAAAACAACAUCACUCUAAAAGACAAUCACAUCAUACAUUCAAUCUGGGAUCAGAUUACACUUCGAUAAUUCUUGGCACCUACUCAUUAAAAUAAAUGUAAUCUUAGUUAAUAUUGUUCAUUUAGCUGAUACGUUUGGAUUAUUUAUCUGAUGCUCGUUCAUAUACUGGAUACUCUUGUCCAGACUGUUCCAUGCCAUAGGGACGAUGUAGCUAAAUGCUGAUCAGCCAACCCAGGACCUUCUCCAAGGUACUGGAUAAAUAAGUGCAAGACUAGAUCGUAAACUACACUUGGGUAUAUUUACCUGUAACAACAAACCUAGGUAACCUGGCAACAAACCUAUUACAGUUUUACACACAAAAAGCACCCAGUAAUUGCCUUCUACAAUUAAGUGACAUCCAAUUUAAAUAAGCCAGUAACCUGCAGUGAUGGGUUUGAGGGUGGCAUUCUAAUACAAAUCUGACUGCUUUUUUCAUUAGUCGAUCCAAUUUUUUUUUAAUUGCUCAGCAGAGGCAAGUAAAAGUAAAGUAUAACCAUAAUCAAACAAAGGAAAAAUACAGCUCUUUAUAACAUGAUUUCUACUUUGAAGCAUAAAGUGUUUUCGCUUUCAAUAAAGAAAACCCUGUUUUUGAGCUAUUUUCUUUAAGAUAGUUAAAAUAUGAAGAUCAAACUUCAGGAAUGGAUUCAGCUAGAUCCCAAUAUAUUUAUAACUAUCCACCACCUCAAGAGGCUCUCCAAUCAAUCAAUCAAUGAAGGAUCAAAUCUUGUUUCAAACUUUUAAAUGUAGGUCCAAAAAACAUGAACUUCAAUAUACAAUGAAAACAGUGUCGAACCCAAGACAGAGCCCUGUGGUACACCUCUUUUUAUCUCUAUGAUAGAAGACAACAUACCUCCUCCCUUUACCAUUUGUUUUCUAUCUGUUAAAUAACUACAAAACCUGUCAAUGGCUUUAUCAGACAAACCCAAUUCCCCCAACCUAUCACAUAAUAAUUUGUGGUCCACAGUAUCGGACAGAUCAAUAGACUGCAGCUGCCACCUGCUCACUAUCCAAACCUCUUGAAAUCUCAUCACUUUAGUCACUGCUGUUAUUGUCCCAUGGCCUGAUCUAAAACCAGACUGGAUUGGGGACAGCAGGUUGUUUGAGUUAAUAAAGGCUUUCAGCUGAUCCAGCAUCACCUUUUCCAAACAUUUUGCCAGAACAGGCAACAAUGAUAUUGGUCUGUAAUUGGCCACAUCCCUUUGAGAGCCUCCCUUAUGUAUUGUUACCACAUGUGCAUGCUUCCACAAUAUUGGUAUGGUUCCAUUAUUUAAGGAUAGAUUAAACAAAUGUGCCAGAGGAUAUGAAAUAAUAUUACUAGCCAAUUUUAGAAAGAAAGGCUCCAGUUGAUCAGCUCCAGUCCCCUUUGAAGUAUCCAAACUGUGUAAUGCACAGUUGAUGAUGCCACAUUCUUAAAAUCUAAUUAAAAAAAUUCUAAUGUCUUGAGCUGAUGUUAACAAAGUACACUGGUUUCUAAGUUGGCUAUAGUGCACCCAGUUCCUAACUGCCUCCUCAACUGGCGGGACAAGCUCUAGCCAUACUGCUCUGGGCAGUACAAAGCAACAACACUAACAUUAAAUCUUUCCUUGCAAUAAAUGGCUACACCUCCACCUUUUGAAGAUCUACCCUUUCUUAGUACUGCAUAACCAGGUAGAGUAACUGUACUGUCAGGGAUAGUCUCCCUAAGCCAAGUUUCUGUCAGUAUUAAAAAGUCAAGUUGAGCCUGUUCCAUCCAGUGUAAGCAUAUCUAACUUUGGAAUUAAACUUCUGAUAAUUAUCGGAGUGGUUUUUUAACCCUUAUAUUGAUGAGAUCAUUCAUAGAGAUAACUGAACGUCUCAAUCUGUUGCUAUAAUGUUGCUCAAUCUGUUGCUAUAAUGACUAUAUACACUAUACAAAAAUGUAUAUUUAGAUAAAAUACAAUAAGUCAUCUCCCAGUUAUAUUUAAACAUAAAUUAAAUUAAACUAACAUUCACAUGCACACACUGCUUCUAUGACGGCCAGCUUGAUUGUAUAAGAAGGAAAAAUACAAUAGAAAAAUAAAUAGAGAGAAUAGGCAGAUGAAGACACAGCAGACAUAUAAAAGCAAAUGAAGAAAUAUAAGCAUUUAAAAUACACAACUAGCUAACUAAUAAAAGAACACCUCACAGAAACUACCCAAAACAGCCCGAUUUGCCACACUGCCUCUAACACCAGCAGGUGAGAUGAAUCCGUAGCAAUCCUUGAAUCGGAGGCAGUUGUGUGAUGGACGCAGUGAUGCGCUAUGACGAACAGAGAAUACUUGCAAUGAUGUUGUUUGAAUGAGAAUUCAAAAAGAAACAAAAUUAAAAAAAUUAAAUAAAAAACCUAUGCAGUUAGAAUAUAUAAAACUAUCCAUGUAAGAGCAAUAGAACUCCACCAUUCAUGAUGAUUGCAAAAAAUAUAGAAAGGUUAGGCAGUGCCAAAUUUAAAAUUACUUUUGUAGCUAUAUGUCUUUUAAGUGUUUUCCAAAGUUGAAUGUGAGGGGUCAAAACACAAGCUUUACAUUUUAAUUAAGGGAAAAUGUUGAGUGAGCAUGCAAAUUUGCCAAAUACUUAACACCCUUACAAUUCUGAAUUAAAUACUGCCUGUAAGACAGUAUCUCAAAUACUUUAAAAUUCAAAACAUAUAUUGGAUUCAGGUAUGUUACUUUAUGUAAGGUGAGAUAGGAAGGAGAAAAAACAUGUAUAUAUGAGUUCAUAGUUUACAUAAUUUAAAACGUAUUUGCCAUUUUUUAUGGCAAGGUUUGUAUUUAGCAAGCUUUUAUUUGUUUUGGAGUGUGUUCUGUGCAUCCAUUGGGGUGGAAGUUUAGUUUAUUUGCAGUAUUUUCUUUAGUAGCCGAAGGAUAAAGAUCAUGAAGUGUAUUUUAAUGAUCACAACAGUGGUGCAUCAAGAGUAAUUGGCUGACCCACCUACUACCAUCACUAAAUAUGCCAAGGUGUAACAGAGGGCCACUUCUGUUUAGUUCAUUAAAAUAAACCCCAAUAUGUCUGCUAGAAAUUAAGUUGAGAUGGCACAUUCCAAUAUUUUAUUGGGAAUCAAAAAAAAUCAACAAAUAAUAGAAAAGAGGGCAACGGAUGUCAUUUGUUUCAAAUGCAAUCACCCAGCUUGUGUUGGAUAAUAGUGUUAAGUUGGUAUUUUUAAGGGAUAUUUUUCUAGUUUGUUUUAAUCACCUAGCUAUUUAGUAAACCGUGUAUGUUUGCAUUGGACAAUAUUGCAAAUGUGUUCAGAAGGAUUUCUUUUAACCAGUCAGUAUAAAAUCAUUUUCACAAAAAAGCCAAAAUCUGAAUGAUUGUUUGUUUUAUAAUUGUUUAGUUAUACAGUACUGACCUGAGUUUUAUAUAUAUAUAUAUAUAUAUAUAUAUAUAUAUAUAUAUAUAUAUAUAUAUAUAUAUAAAUUGCCAAAAAAAAAGUUUCAUAAUUAAAAUACCUGAUACGAUAACUGCUGUUGGAAGGUUGUUCUUUAAGUUUAUUUGAUAUUUGUUAAUGUGUAUGUACAUAGCAGAUAUGUAAAGGGCUGAUUUACUGCAAACUUGAUUAGCUACUGUGUGAAUUGAAUGUUUUGAUACUUAUGUUUGAAUAAAUUGCCUUUUUUUCUGUGUCUUAA